UUAAUUUUUAUUAUUUUUCCUUUAUAUUGCUUUGCUUAAUACGUAAAUUGAUUUAAGACUGUUGCUGCCAUCUAUAGUGGUAAAUUUUUUAUAUCUAGACGCUUAUAAUAAAUAUGAUCAAAGGUUAAGAAUAAUAUAAAAAAACUGUUUCCAUCAAGACAAAAUAACAAUUGGUAUUUUGAUACAGUAAAGAUGUUAAUAGAUUUCCUUUCAUUUGUAAAUUCUUGUACUUGAAAAUUUUGUUGUAUAAACAAACCAGAUGGGAGACAAAAGUAAAAUGUUCUUUUAAGCCUGAAAUUAGAUGAUAUCAAUCGAUUACGUGAUAAGAUUAAGUAUCAUAAAAUGUUAGAUUUUAUAGCAUGUUCAAUAAUCUCUCAUUCAAAUUCACUGCGUCCAGAGAUAAAAUAUUAAACUGAUUGUUCAGUGAAGGAAAGCUCAAUGAACGACAAGGAAAAGAUUUUAAUGAAAUACCAUUUUAACUAACCAUUUGGGAAGAGGAAGAACUUUAUUGAUUUUUUUAUCUUUAUCAAAUAGAUCUAUUACAAUUGUAUAUAUCUCAUUAGUAUUGUACAUCUAAUUCAAUAUGAAAAUCUACUAUUCUGAACAUAUUAUCUCCCUAUUGCAGUGUCAAACUUUGACGAGAGCGAUUAUACACCCUUUGGCUCAACGAUGAGUAACGUGUCGAAUGAAUUUAUGGACGAACAUUUUUAUUCAAACUGUAGUAAGUUUCUUAUUAGUUUAAUUUCAUAAAUAGUUAGACAAGGAAGGAAAUAUUUAUACUUCCUCUUUUUAUUAUUUCCUACAUUGUGUCAUUUUAUUUAGCACACUCUUCCGAUACUAUGACCAAUUCAGGUUCGGACGACUCUUAUCAAGCUGUUGAGUGGAAGAACGUUAUACCAGAGAAAUGGGAUUGCGAACUCGUCCAGAACUAUAUUGCUCAUAUAUUGUAUCGAAAUGAAUUUGAUAAUGACAGGAUAGUCAUUACACAGGACAAAUUUCGUGAAUGUAACGGACAAAAGUUAAUGCGAAUGCAACAUCACGAUUUCAUACAACUUGAUCCAGACAGUGGUACAGUAAUAUACAGAGAAUUCCAGGAACUAAAUCGAAGUAUUCCGAAUUACCCACCUGACCCAGAUUCGAGUGACUAUCCGACUUCACAUUAUAUCCCUACAGCUCCUCAUACGAUCACGAAAACUGCAAGGAGCAAACGGGAGCCUGCAGCAAAAAAACCAAGAACUCCAAGCACAAGAGGUAGAAAACCAGGUCAACUGUCCAAAGGCAAUCAUCUUUGGGAGUUUUUGAGGGAUUUACUUAAUGAUGAUAGAUCUAACCCUCAUCUAUUAAAAUGGGUUAAUCGCGAAGAAGGUAUCUUUCGAAUAGUUAAAUCUGAGCAAGUUGCCAAAUUCUGGGGGGAUAAGAAGAAAAGACCAAAAAUGUCGUAUGAGAAGAUGAGUCGAGCUAUUAGGUUUUGUAGAGAUGUUGGUUAUUUUGGCGAAGUUCCAAAAAAUGUAGGACACCCCAAAAAAUUAAUAUUUAAAUUUGGCAAUAAGGCCCACGGCUGGGAUAAGAAAGAUCCUAAUGCUAACCUUGAUUUUCUGAAGAAUAUUUCAUACUAAUUUCACAAAACGCGAAUUGAAACUUAGCCAACUAUGUAAAUUAUCCUUCAUAUACUUUUUAAAAUAUUGAACUUGUUUAUGUUCCAUAAUUUUCCUAAAUUCUCACAAAUCAAUCUUGAAUUGUUAUAUUGAACUACAAUUUUGUUAAACUCAUUUAUUUCAACGCAAUUCUUAUCGCUAUAAAAUACAUUUACAUUCAUGUUUUUGUCGAGCUGAAGCCAAAUUUCUUCUGAAGGUUUUUUACGACGUUGUACAUCCUGAGUUAGAGCAAUUGACUUUCAGGCGUUUCCAAAGCUGUAAUUUUGGAGGAAUAUAGGAACAUUAUAAAAUGAAAUACUAAAUCCAAUAUCAUAACAGUGGAAUAACUACGUACAGCAUUACAAUGUCCGUUACUAUACCUUUGAAGAAAUCUGGAAUACGAAUUACAAUUGAAAAUACAUAUAUAUGUACAUACAUAUGAAGUAACCGUUUAUUAUUCGUUUUUCUUUUUUGUGUUAUAAAAUAAUAAUAUAAAAUAAAUCAAUUUUAACGAUUAUUUAAUUACGAUCCUCUUUGACUUUCUACUGUCGCUUCGUUCUUAAUACUAAGUAUAAGUAACACUAAUUGUCGAAUUGUAAAAACAUUCUAAACAAAGAGAAACCAUAAUUUCUAUCUAAUAUGGUAAAUUAUUAUGAAUGUUCAAAUUUUCAAAUCAAAAUAUUAGUGGGCUAUAAAGACGUUAACCGAUCUUUAAACGCCAAGCAAGUUACAGCUUUUUGAUGUCCAUCGUACUCUCUUCUGACUUUGCCUGUUUCUAAAUCCCAUACCCUUGCAAGAUUAUCGGAGGACGAAGUCAUCAAGUGUCUCGAAUCGCUGCUAAAGGCACAAUCCCAAACCCAUCUCUGGUUGGGAACAGCACAAAGGGUAGUAUACAGAGAAGAAUCUGAUGUUUUCCAAAUUUUUGCAGAGCCAUCGGCAGAGGUGGUGGCUAAAUAUUUUCCAUCUGGACUAUAUUUGCAUUUUAAAGCAUACUUCCUAUGAGCCUGUAUUUUUUUUUCUACAGCUAUUGUCUGAGUUUCUUCGUUAAUUGAAUUUUUUAAAGGCCUGGAACGUGUUCAAAAUUUUUGCAUGAACCAAAUUUUUAACUCAAUGAAAGCAUUAUUUUAAAAUGAGAUUAAAUGAAAUAUUUUAAAGAAAUAACAAAUAUUUUCUGAAACACGUUCCAGAUAUAUAGAUCACCCCUAUUGGUAACAGCAGAUAAGUUUGAACCCGUUACGUCAAUGGAAAGAUCUUGAAUAGAACACUCCUCUACAUUUCCAAUUUCUUCAUGGUAGUUUGCAGUUAAAUCCCAACAAUAUACUUUACCUUGUUGGCUGCCGAUGUACAGAACAGCUUGGUUCGGAUGCAAAACAGCUGCGUUUAUAUAGUUAUCGAUUCUGAAACAUUUUGCACAUUGCAGGCCUCGAGACCUUGAUCUAAAAUCCCAUACGCGAAUAAAACCAUCUUCUCCCGCAGAAUACAUCCACCGACUGUCUUGUUCAAAACCGACUGAUAAAACAUUUUUUUGAACACCAUUGCAACAUAUUAGGGGAUUUGAAUUCCCUGAUUUUGCAUCAUAAACGCGUAUGUUCUGGUAGCAACCAGCGGCCAACAGUUUACCAUCGUUUGUUAACUCCAAACAAUUAAUCUGUGUAUCACUUUGGCACUGUAUUGUUCGUUCACAAUAGCCUCGCUGGGCUUGCCAAAACUUGAUAGUAUGAUCAUAUCCUGAAGUAACAAAGAUUACUGUCUCAUCCCCUGAAUCAAGAGUUUCGUUCAUAUUUUAUAAAUGUCAAAGUGCAGUUGAUUAAGAAAAAUUAUAUUGCAAAAGACCAUAGAUGUUUUUCAUUCCUAAAGUAUAACAGUCGUCUAAUUUACUCUCAAAGAAGUUUCAUACUUAAAAUUAUCCGAACAAAAUUUGAA